AUGGCCGGCGGUGCUGUCAAAGCUGCUAAGGCGGCAUCCCACGUCGUUCCACUUGCGCAGAAAUACACCCUUGAGUCCAAGGGUAUCUGGGACUGGGUCCGCCGCACCCUCGCGGUCGACCCGAACCGAUCAUCCGUCACCCUCCCCGCCGGUGACAUCGCCGACAACCCUUACUGGAAGCGCGACGCCCGGAGGAACUACCCGACACUCAGCACCAUCACCCAGGCUGACGCCGUGUCUCUCCUGACCGUCGGCAGCCAGGCCGCGCCCAAGGACGACGUCCUGCAGCUCGGCGAGGCUGGCGCCAAGCAGAUUGUCUCUGUCAAGGCGGAGGGCGAGGAGCGUGGUCUUGCCGGUUACUUCGAGAAGAACAAGUCUGGUGUUGCCAGCGUUCUGGGUGCCAAUGGCCUGCCUCCUUCCCCUACCAACCUCAACACUGUCCCUAAGGAGUCUCAGUCCACAUACCAACUCGGUACAGAGAAUGGUUACCCCGAUAUCUACCCGUGCCGCACUUUUGUUUGA